AUGGAUGAGGAACUUGAAUCAGUAGAUACAGCAGUCGAGCACCUCUCGAAUCGUAUAGACGAUCUGGAACUGGAUGUUUUUGAAAUCCAUGUUUCAUCUCAGGGCGACUUGAUAUCAACAUCUACAGAUCUAGAAGAUGACAACACCUUUUGCCCGUUUUACGCCCCUCUUGAGGCAAUUGAAGAGCCAGGGGAUAUUCAAGUUGUCCCGAGGUCAAAACUACAAGAGCUUGACAGACUGGGACCUCUAGUGGAUCUUGUCACAGAUCUGCAAUCCUCUAAACCAAGAAAAAGGGCUCGAAAUGAUGUUGAUGGAGUUGUAUCUACGGUAUAUGAACUCAUCACUGGUGACUACGAGCUACGCUCAGUGGAACACGAACAACAAAAGGUCUCGGAUAUUGAGGCGAUAGAGUGGACUAAGCACGCUGAUGUUCAGCUUGAUCACCCGGUUGCAGAAUUCCGCAAAGUUCUUGAUCAAUGGUCUUUAGAGCGGCGGAAGGACUCCAACCGGAUCAAUACAUAUAAAGACGCCCCAAACUACAUCGGGUGGCCUACUAUGCCCCAGCCAACACCCUCUGAGGUUGUGGUUAACUACACAACAGGCCCUAUGAAAGAAUCCAGAGUGCUAUGGAGUACGGAAAGGAGGGAUAUGCUAGCACAAGGAAAGACUGUUUUAAACUGGCAACGUCCUGCUCAGAUAAAACUUAAGCCGGCGGACAGAUCUUAG